UUUGAAUCUUAUAGAUAUUCGAUACAUAAGCUGUACAUUAUAUAUUGUAUUAUAUUACAAUUUUAGAGUUAAAGGAUAUUUUAAAAAUAACUUAUCUUACACAUUUAUUAGAAUUUAUGCCAAAUUUCAUUAUUUCCAAAAUCAAAUCGACAAUGUGAACAUUUUUAAAACUCACAUUACCAACCAACAAUUUGUAACAUAUACCAAUCAACCAAAUAAUCUGAUUAAUGAUAUGAGUGGAUCAAUUAGAUGAGCUAAUUGGAUGUAUUAGAAGACCUAAUUGGAUGAAUUAGAUGAAUGAAGUGGAAGAACUAAUCAGAUGAACUAAUUGUAUGAAUUAGACGGAUGAACCGGAUGAAUGAAAGAAAUAUGUGAUGAUAAUAGAAAUAAUAAUCAUAUGUACAUUAUUAGUGUGUGGAUUUAAUAGAAUUGACAUAUCAAAGGAAUCAGUAAUAAGUUCAUAUCAGACACAUACAGGUCGUUUGGGUGAGGUCGAGCUUAGGAUAAUAAAGCUUCCUCAUAGGCUUACCGUUCAAAUGUUGGACGACAGUGGCGUAAGUGUGUGGAAAGGAACAUCCACUGAAGCUCUGAGGGAGUUAAAUAUGUACUUUAUCAACGGCGAAAUCUUUGGUCUUUACCUUUACUCAAUUGAUUACUUUUCCUCACCAAAUGAAACUUAUUUCCUCUGUAAAAAAGGACAAUGGAAAAGAGUUAGCAAGGAGAAAUUUGAUUACGUGCUCUUUGAUAAGUCACUACUCAAAAAAAUGGGAGUACAAAGCACAUUCGCACACUCAAACCUAAGCUUGAUUUACCUCCUCAUCAUUCUCCAACUUUUAAUGUAUUGA